AUGACCCACACCUCCUCUUCUAAUUCCGAAAACUCAAAUAUUUCAUACUCUCAUGAUACGACGAAAAACGACGAAUCUCAAUCCAAAAAUUACGAUAAUGACAGCCUUUUUAAUCGCCUGUUCAUUCCAAUACGAAUAAAUGAAGCCAUUGGAGGUCAGGCGGCAAAUUAUUAUAGAUAUGGUGAGAAGAAGGAUUGCUCGAAACAGUGGAAUAAUGUGAAAUGGUGUUUGAGGAUGAAAUCCAAAAGUUUGGAAGAACGAAAGAAAAUGAUUUUGGAACGGGAGACAGAAAAGGAAGAAAAGUAUACUAAGACGAAAAGUUCUCUGGAUGUCUGGGAGUUGAGGGACACACCGUUGACAGAAAUAUUUCCGUUGAGCGAUGAGGUGAAUGAUGGAGUGGAUGAAGAAUCCAAAUAA